AUGAAGAAGACUCUAGGUGGAAUCGUGGUUAUCGAUACUAGUCCCGCUCGAUUCACACAUCAAGAUCUACCUUCCAGUCAAACUCUGACCCAGAUUCAACCGCAGCAUCAACCUCAGUCUCAGGGUCAAGCUCUAGGUCAAGUUCAAGCUCAAGAUGGAUAUCCCCGUAUGAACCGAUUCCGAUCAAAAAAUAUCCAUAAACCAGAUAACUACGAUCAUGAAAAACAAAAUCAAGCUGUAUAUUUAUAUUUCCCCAUUUUCAUCGCUUUUCUGUUGGUCCUCCUCUCGAAUGUAUCAACACCUAUUAUUAAAGUAUUAUCAAUUGCUAAUGUCUCAAUGGGCGUUAAUGGGACUGUGAGCAUUGGUACUUGGGGUUGGUGUGCUAAGGAUGUACCUGGAUUCGAUGACUCAUGUUCUGAGCUCAGAGGAUUUUCAGAAGAUCUCAGUAUCACAUUAAAUGACUUACCUGAACCUGUUCAUCACAUGUACAAAACUUUCGAUGAUAAAUUGAGCCCUUCGUAUCUAUUAGCAAGUGAAAUCAUGCAUGUUCUGGCCGGUUUAUCAGUUUGGAUCGUUGUGACAUGGACAUUGGCAGCAGCUGGAUCAUGGAGAGCUAGAGAAGUUCAUGCUUAUGAAUGGACCAAAUGGGCUUUCCACUUAUCUGGUUUCAGUGCCAUAUUCGUUCUCAUAGCUUGGGCAUUAGAUCUAGGGAUGUACACACGUAUUCAAAAGAACGUCAUUGAUCAGAAUGGUUCUUCGGCAUCUGUUCGACCUGGUCCAGCUAUAUUCAUGAUGUUAUUCGCAUUCCUACUUUGUAUUUCUUCUUAUAUAGUCCGGAUGACUUGGGGUAAAUUCAGACCUAGACCCAAUUGGACUAUCAAAGGAUAUUCUGAUUUCCACAAUGAUAACCCGCCUCCAAUGUCAGCUGCUCUCCCUCCAAACGAAGAUCAUCCACCCACAUGGUAA